UUUAAUCCUCUAAAGGAUGUUUCUCGCCCGGGCCUCCAUACAUUUUCAUUCUGAUGCAACCCGGCAUUGUCGUGAAACAUGGCUGAGGACGAGCUGACCCCAUUUGAUCCCACAAACAUGAAAAAGAAGAAGAAAAAAAAGAAGGUACCAUUUGAGUUGGAUGGAGGGAUGGAGGAAAAUGAGACACCAAGCCCUGCCCCAGUGGAGGAAGCCCCAGAAGUUCAGACAGAGGAAAAACCAGCAGACAAAACAGAUGAUGAUUUCUCUCUGGACUUUGGGUUAAAAAAGAAAAAAAAGAAAAAGAAAGCAUUUGAUGUCAGUGAACUGGAAUACAUUUUGUCAGUUGUCGAGAAUAUUUGCACAAAAAAUAAUGUCAGAAACAUUGCACUCAAUGUUACUACUACUAAGUCUCAUAUCACAUAUUAUAUAUCAUGA